GCGCGCCUCCCGCUUAUCUGCGCUGUUUGCACCCCGAGGGCUGCAGGCCGACAAUCCCGCGGCCGAGUAAACAGCGCGCGGGCGCCCGGACUAUUUCUGUCUUAUCGGCGCAGGAAUGCGGCAGCGGCGGCGGCGCGCGGGCGGCGUGGCCGUGGGCCGUCAGGGCAGCCCUGAAGGGGCCCUCCCCGCCCGGCUCGAGUAGAAGUGUGAGCGCCCAGCAGGACUCGGAGGGAGAGUUGGAGGAAAAAAGGCAGAAAGGGGAAAGAAAGAGGAAGAGAGAGUGAGUGAGCUCCACCGCGGAGCCCACCCCGAUGGCCGCGGACGAAGUUACCGGAGGGGCGCGCAAAGCCACGAAAAGCAAACUUUUUGAGUUUCUAGUCCAUGGGGUGCGACCCGGGAUGCCGUCCGGAGCCCGGAUGCCCCACCAGGGGGCGCCCAUGGGACCCCCCGGUUCCCCGUACAUGGGCAGUCCUGCUGUGCGUCCUGGCCUGGCCCCCGCGGGCAUGGAGCCCGCCCGCAAGCGAGCAGCGCCCCCGCCCGGGCAGAACCAGGCACAGAGCCAGGGUCAGCCGGUGCCCACAGCACCCACACGGAGUCGCAGUGCCAAGAGGAGGAAGAUGGCUGACAAAAUCCUCCCUCAAAGGAUUCGGGAGCUGGUCCCAGAGUCCCAAGCGUACAUGGACCUCCUAGCAUUUGAGAGGAAAUUGGAUCAGACCAUCAUGCGGAAGCGGGUGGACAUCCAAGAGGCUCUGAAGAGGCCAAUGAAGCAAAAGCGGAAGCUGCGUCUAUAUAUCUCCAAUACCUUUAACCCUGCCAAGCCCGAUGCUGAAGAUUCUGAUGGCAGCAUUGCUUCCUGGGAGCUGCGGGUGGAGGGGAAACUCCUGGAUGACCCCAGCAAGCAGAAGCGCAAGUUCUCGUCUUUCUUUAAGAGUUUGGUCAUUGAGCUGGACAAAGACCUCUAUGGCCCUGACAACCACCUAGUUGAGUGGCAUCGGACACCUACCACCCAGGAGACAGACGGGUUCCAGGUGAAGCGGCCAGGAGACUUGAGCGUGCGCUGCACUCUACUCCUCAUGCUGGACUACCAGCCUCCCCAGUUCAAGCUGGACCCCCGCCUGGCCCGGCUGCUGGGACUGCACACACAGAGUCGCUCGGCCAUCGUCCAGGCCCUAUGGCAGUAUGUGAAGACCAACAGACUGCAGGACUCCCACGACAAGGAGUACAUCAACGGGGACAAGUACUUCCAGCAGAUUUUUGACUGUCCCCGACUGAAGUUUUCUGAGAUUCCCCAGCGCCUCACAGCUCUGCUCUUGCCCCCUGACCCAAUUGUCAUCAACCAUGUCAUCAGUGUGGACCCAUCAGACCAAAAGAAGACGGCAUGCUACGACAUUGAUGUGGAGGUGGAGGAGCCACUGAAGGGUCAGAUGAGCAGCUUCCUCCUGUCCACAGCCAAUCAGCAGGAGAUCAGUGCUCUGGACAGUAAGAUCCAUGAGACGAUUGAGUCCAUAAACCAGCUCAAGAUCCAGAGGGACUUCAUGCUAAGCUUCUCCAGGGACCCCAAAGGCUAUGUCCAAGACCUGCUCCGCUCCCAGAGCCGGGACCUCAAGGUGAUGACAGAUGUAACAGGCAACCCUGAAGAGGAGCGCCGGGCUGAGUUCUACCAUCAGCCCUGGUCCCAGGAAGCAGUCAGCCGCUACUUCUACUGCAAGAUCCAGCAACGCAGGCAGGAACUGGAGCAGUCACUGGUUGUGCGCAACACCUAGGAGCCCCCUUUGAAUGAGCACCACUGUGGACCUUCUGGGCUGGGGCCUGGUCC